GAAUUUGCCAGUGUGUAUUAAUAAUCAGUGAUGCAAAGUUGUGAAUAACAAACAGUUUGAUAGUAAUAGCUAUAGAAAAAAGGACAUUAUAAACCAAAGACAUUCAGAUUUAAAGCAGAUACUGAUUAUGUCUUAAGAAAAGUAAUAACUGUUAAGAAGCUAUUUAAAAAUAGUGUAAUUUAUUAUUUUGGUAACAAUGUGAUCUGAAAGGCUUAGGAAUGUUGAACUAUAUAUUUUUUUGUCACACUGUUAUAGUAUUUUUCUUGUAAAUUUCAGGGUGGCCAACUUUUUUUUUGAGGACGUUUGUAUAACUUAUUCUUAAGGAGUUAUGGACAGGAAUGGAGUGAUGCAGGGAGGAUCCAGAAUACCCAGGUUUGCUGGGGCAGGAGGAACAAUGGCUUCAACAAAUUACAGGACAGAACCAUUGCCUGAUAUUGGUCAGAAGCCAUCAAGGUUACAAAUGAUGCAGCAAGAAAUACAGAAAAAUAUAUUGAAGGAAAAGGAAAACAAGAUAAUCAACAUGUAUGAAGAGAAUCAACAAAAGGCCUUGCAAAAAGUAAAUUCUGGCCGCGGCCAUGUGCGGGACUUCUUUGAACAGCGGCGAAAAAUGGGCCCCACAGACAACUUGUCACCAACAAUGGAGCAGCUGUAUCAACAGAAGAAAAGUGAGUCACAAGUGUCAGGGUUUUCAAAUAGUUCAGGCAGGGUUAACAAUAGGUUUGGGUAUGGGACAAAUACACAGCAGAAGUUAAGUGCUGGUAGGGAUAGGUCGAACCUUCUUGCACCAAUACAGAAAAAUGGAGGUCAAAAUGCAGACGGCAAUCCGUUUGGUAAGAAACCUCAGAUUGUACGACCAAGGACUUACACGGGUAAAGGAAUGCCUCCUCAGAAUAAGGAAAAUGUUCAUGUUGUUAGCCAUUUCACUCCGAAAAGUGCUCCAGCUGGUGAAAUGUUCAAUCAUUCACAGAAUAAUUACGAGGACGAAACUCCGCCGCCCAAUCCCCAACAGCUAGCACGCCUUCAGCAGAAACGGAAAAUGUUACAGCAGCAGCAACAGGGCAAUAAGAAUGUCGGGCCUCAAAAACAAUUGAUGAAAAACAAUAGACAUGGUCGCAAUCAGUUUGAAUAUGAACCUUCUGACGAGGAAGAUGAUGAGGGAUUUGACGACAACAGCACCAAUUCUGGUGACGAUGAGUUGAAACGGAAACAGCAGGAGUUACUGGCCCAGAUUGAGGCACAGCAGAGGGAAUUGGAUCGCCUCAGGAAUGAGAGGAUGCAGGCUGAAAUAGAGGAACGAAAAGAAGAAGAACGCCGGCGAAAGGUUGAUGAUGAACGAAGAAAACAGCAGGCAGAAGAUUUGGCGAGAAGAAGGAGGGAGGAUGAAGAGGAGAGAAUGAGGGAACAAUUCGAUGAUGAAAAACGACUCAAGAUUGAGGAAGAAAAACAGCGUAUGAAGAAAACAGGCCCCCCUUUGUCAAGAAUGACAAAUAAGUCAGUCAUUGAAGCCAGGCACCAAGACAGUUACAGCCAUAGGGAGGAUUAUGAAGAAAACACACCAACACCCCCACCUCACCCUAAACCUGCCAACACUCGUAAAUCUGUACCUCAGAAACGUGCCCAACCUCAGAAGAAUAGUCCAAGUCCACCUCCAUUACCGAAGAGCGAUGUUUCUCUGUAUGAUAAUGCUAUUGCUCUAGAAGGUGCAUUUGAAAAUGUGGGUCACCUUAAGGCAUGCUACAAUUGCGGUCGCAGUUUCGCGGCAGACAGGUUGGAAAAACAUGAGCAGGCAUGUAAGAACAUUACCAAGAAAAGGAAAGUCAUGGAUUCAUCAAAGUUGCGAACAAGAGGCACUGAAUUGGAGCAGUAUGUUGCAAAAGCAAGCAAGAGUAAAGCAUCUGAAAAGUCGGGCAAGAAGAAGGGCAACUGGCGGUCACAGCAUGCUAGUUUCAUCGAGGCAAUCCGCUAUGCGAAGAAAUGCAGUCAGAUCGAGAAAGAGGGAGGGAAACUCUCCGACCUCCCUCCCCCACCCGUCUCUGAGAACCCGGACUAUGUGCAGUGCCCGUAUUGCACACGCAAGUUUAACUCGACAGCUGCUGAACGCCAUAUACCUCACUGCAAGAACUCACGAGCAAAACCACCCCCAAAACGGUGAUGAAGUUAGCUUUGAGUCAAUGGUUAAUUUAUGCUGUUGAUUUGCAGCUUUGUAGAUUUUUAGCCACUUACUGGUAAUUUGGAAUGUCAACUUUUGUUAAAAAAAGUCAACUUAGUCAGCAAAUGGUUCAUUUAUUACAUUCUUAUUAUUUGUAAUGAUACAGAGGUGUAUUGUUGUUUAAAUAUAAAUUAUUAUAUUAUCUUUACCAGCAUAUGUUUACAGGAUUUUGUUAUUAGGAAAUAAUGUUAUUUGUUUAAAAAAAGGUGUGCUGUUUUGUUUGUGUUUGUAUGUUUUGUUGUAAAAUAAAUAAUUAUUUUAGUUGAAGAUUAUUAAACGCAUUUAUGAAUUCAAUUUAUUAUUUUAAAUUAUUCCCAGUACUUUUGUGUACCCAUGCAUUGCUUUUAAAAAAAAGCUUUCUAAUAUGUUAUAUUUAACUUUAUAUAUUUAAUGCUGUCUUGCCCAUAGUCGCUCAAAUAUAUGUAUAAACAUAAUGGAAUGUCACAGAAAUAAAAAGUCUUAUGAAUUAUAUAAAUAGCUGGAAGUUAUACCAUAUCUACAAAAAGUGCAUAUACCGGUACUGUCAUUACUUUUAUAUUUAAUAAUUUUGUAUUUAUCAUAUACUUAAACUUACUGUAUUCUCCACUUUCCUGCAUGGAGUUAAGUACGGUUAAUGUUAUUACAUCGGAAACAAUUAUUUAGUUUAUAUUGUGCUCAGAUUAUUUGAAAUCUGAAUCAAAUGUGGUAAAACUUCAUUGAAUUUAAUUGACCAUUUCAUAAUUUUAGAUGCCACUGGUAACAUUGAGGAUUACCUGUAUUUUGUUAUAGGAUGCAAAAUUAAUCUGAAAACAUUGAACUCUAUAAGCAUAAUUAUUUUUUGUUUUCUAUAUUUUUAAUCAAUUAAGUUUUUGCUUGUGAAAGUGCACACUUACCUGGAGAGGAAUUUUGAAGUACAUACACAUAGUUGAUUGAGUAUGAACACUUAUGUAUGCAGCACAAGAAUUGUAAAUCUAUAUUAAUUCAUUAAGACGAGCAUCAGAAUAUUGUUUGUGAACUUAAAUUACAAGAAAAUGUGCUUGUUGUAAUAUGCUUUUGGAGAAGAAAGACCAUAUGGCUUUGUCAACUCUGUGGAAGUAAUACAUCUGCAUAGCUGCAGGUAUUAAAGUUCUUUGUAAGUGCAUGGUUUUAACCAUUUACCACUUAUAUGCUAAGUGAAAAUGGCUGUUUGCAAACAGCAUAAACCCAGAACAGUGUGCUAGUAACACGCAGUCUGUUCAGGUUUUAUGCUGUUUGCUGCUCACCAGUAUCUUAGGGUUGGAAAUGAAACCUUAAAAACUUGAAUCUGGUUAGAAAAGUCUUUAAUUAAAUGUAACUUUCCAAGGGACUACUUAUGCGUGAAAAUAGGUAUCUAAUUGGUAAAGGGUUAAAUACGUAUCUAAGUGGUAACGGGUUAAAUACGUAUCUAAGUGGUAAAGGGUUACCGGGAAGUCAGAGUGAGGUGGCUAGGGUUUUAUCUCGUCUUAGAUACCCAGUAUCGUUUGUCCAUUUGGAGACAAAACAUCAUACUUCCAUGGAGCUGCAUUUAUUUGGUUUAUAGCUAUGCUUUGUCAAAGUCAGAAAAAGAGAACUCGUAAAUAUUUGCUUAGAAUUUGAUUUUUAAUUUCGUAGCUGACUAAAAUGGGGACUUUUCUCUUGUGUUUUUAAUAAGAAAUAUAAACUGUCUUUGAGUUUAACAAUUGUUCUAUAUUAGGAAACCUUUCAAAAACAGUAAAACAACUUAUUUUGCCAAAAAUAUGUUAACAAAGAAAUUAUAGAGUGCAAUAUUCUGCAUUUUUUUUAAUUUAAAUUGAUCAAGAAAUGAUUGGCAAUCUGGUAUUUUUAAUUAUUUUAGGUUUUUAUGUUAUCUUUUUAUUAUGUUUAAAUGUUAUGUGUUUAGAAAAAGCAUUUUAGAUGCAAAGGUUACAUUUAAUUUGUUUUUGAUUUGUUUGCUUAUUUUUGUAUUUCAAUUUUAUUUUCAAUACAAAGCAAUAAGUUGGUGUUCAUAUUAAUACACAUACACCCCGUUUAUUAAUAUGUUUUUGGAACGCAACAACAUUUUAUCUGCGCUUGCUGUUAUACAAUAAGAAAAUUAUCUCAUUUGCCUGCCCCCUUGAAAGAAGAAACUAGCAUAUAGCAGUCCCACUGUUCAUCUUUUAAAGUGUCUGGAUGUUGGUGCGAAAUUCAUAUCUGAGCCAUAUAUUUGACAUAAUUAUAGUGAUUGGUUUUGAAAUAAGUUUGCACAAAUUUUGACCAUCCAGAAACAUCAGUUUCUGUACCCCAAAGGUCAAGGUCACAUUAAAAGUUAAAUAACUAAACUUUGGUCAUAUAACAUUCUUGUAAAUACCUGUCAUAAUAUAUAAUUUGUCAUAUAUUAAUGGAAUUUAAAACAGCUCGUGAUAAAUGUAAACCAUCAUAAGAUAAUGUGUAAGAUGCAACACCAGUCCACCUACUUAAAAGGUCAAGGUCACACUUAGGUUUUAAAAAGAAAAAUUGUCAUAUAGCUGUUUAAAAUACCGGUAUAUAUGAGCUGUGCUCUGUGAAAGGGGGUUUAAUUCAUGUGCGUACAGUGUCGUCCCAGAUUAGCCUGUGCAGUCUGCACAGGCUAAACACCGACAACAAUUUCCACCUAAACUGGAUAUAAGCGAUGACAAGACUUUCUUUAAAAGAAAAAUAACAUAAAAGAGGAAAGUGUUGUCCCUGCUUAGCCUGUGCAGACUGGACAGGCUAAUCUGGGACAACACUUUACCCACAUGCAUUUAACCUCUUUGAGCGCUGGAACCAGAUUUUGAAGGCCUUUGCAAACAGUUUGGAUCCAGAUGAGACGCCACAGAACGUGGUGUCUCAUCAUGAUCCAAACUGUUUGCUAUUCUGAUAGUAUUCUUUGAAAAAAAAUCGAAGAAAAUGCUAAUUUUAGAAAUUCAGCAGACAACAUUUUAGCAGACUACAAAUUUCCCAGCAUGCAAAGGGUUAACCUCAGAGCAAGGUCCAUGUAAUGAUGGAUUUUGAAAUGACUUGGCAAGGAUGGGUACCGGAUUUUGAAAUGACUUGGCAAGGAUAAGUACCAUCAGAAGAUGAGUCUAGUAGAGUAAUGAGACUCAAAUGGAAUGUCAGGGCAACCAUGUCUUGUUAUUUAUUUAAAACUCAUGAAAGUGCAAUUCAAAGAACAUCUAUCAUUCUUUCAAAGCCAGGGGAUUCUGGCAUUCAUUUUGACUAUACUUUAUUUCUUAAUUAACUUUUUUAGUACUGAGAAGCCAUAUUAGUUUCAUGAGAACAUCAUAACCAAUCAUGCAUUUGCAUAAAUUCUGACAAAUGUUUUGGAACAUGAAAAAACUGAAAAAAUGUCAACCAGCUGCAAAUUUUUUUUGAGAAUAUCCUUUAUUUUUUGCAAGGAUAUUUGACAAGGGAUUUUAAGUAAAUUGACUGGAGUAAGCAAUCAAGUGUUAUAGCUAAAAUAUUAACCCAUAAUUGGUUCACUCUAUCUGUGAUUAACGAGUUACUUAAGAACAGGGCCCCCAGUGGGUGCAUGCAAACACCCUUUGGUUGUCCCUGAAAUUUUGUAAUUCUUUUACUGCAGCAAAUUUACUUUUUUGUUUCACUAUUAUCAACAUGCAUUUAUAUUGCAUUUUGAACUUAAUACAUAUAUGUAAUUUCAUUGGUUUAUGUCAAACUGCUGUUAAUCUCACAUAGUAUGUAUUUAUAUUACAUAUUUGUGGCCACAGAAAAGACAUAACUAGCUAGAACACUUUACAGGCAACUAAGUAAUUAAAGUCAGUUCAUGGUUUUUAUGGUCAUUGCCUCAGUCUUUAAGUUUGUUAUGGAUGUACAUUUCAGACAUUUUGGUUUUAUUAGGUUUCCUCCUCAGACUAAAGUUAGAUUAUAAUAUAAAUUAGGAAGUGCAUAUUUUUGCAAAGCUUCUAUAUAAAUGUUUUUAGGGGUUGUUAUUCAAUUACAGUUUAGCAUCGUUGUCGCCACAGAUUUCCAGGACUGUAGAUUUGAAAACACUUGUUCUCUUUUCUUAUUACAUAAUCAUUAUUGAGCAUGCUAUUUUCAGUUUGGGUGUAAUAUAGGCUUUAACAUUCCAUUUUCUUUGUUCUGGUUAAUAUAUGUGAUUACUUCACAUACAUCUUUACUUGUGUCUCACCAACGCAUUACAAUAUGUAGAAAAGUGUAUCCAACCUUUUUUAAAUUUAUUAUGCAUUUUAAACAGACAGCUUUUGAUAUACUUCUUGGUGUUUGUCACAUCCAUUAUUGCAUAAGAAUACAGAAUAAGUAUUGUAUGAAUAGUUGUUGUAAUUCACCUUGGCAACCAGUAUUAGACUUGUUUGUUGUAUUUAACAGAACACUGUGAUAUUGUUUUAUUGGAAAUCCCAGAUUUUAUUUCACUACUAGACACCGUUUAAGAUUUGUACACAUUGAGUGUAUUUGUAUUGUAAGAUAACCUGUGUUUUAUGUAUGUUAUGGUUGUGUUGGAGAUGAAAGAAUGGAUAUCAUUAUUUAAGUCCAAUGUCUCAAAUUUAUGUUUAUUAAAUGAUAAAACGAAA